UGUCACACCAAACAUCAUUUGUAUGUUCUUCACUAGUUUCCUACUCUAACUUCCAUUCCUCUUUUUUGGCUUUUUUUCAUCAAUUUCAGCUAUGAUCAAACCAAGAACAACAACAGAAUUUCCAGAGUCAGUCCGAGAUCAAACCUUCUAAAUAAAACAGUUGUAUGCAGAGACUUACAAAGGUACGGGUAUUAGGUACCACCGUCCUAGAGCUUUACCAAACAAGGAAAUUAAUUGUUGUGAUUUCCCCUCAAUCUUAUGGCUAAGAACAAUUGGUGGUUUAAUCUUCUCAAGAAUCUAAUCAGUUGUGAAUCCAAACCAAAAUCAAACAAGGGAAAAACAAAGAGAUGGAGUUGGAUUUUUGACAGAUUAAGGUUCAAACAACUCCCUGCAACAUCAACAACAUAUUCAACAUUACAAGAAAAGUCACUAACUGAAGCCAGAGAAGAACAGAGAAAGUCUGCACUGAAUGUUGCCCGGGCCACCGCGGUGGCUGCUGAGGCUGCAGUGGCAGCAGCUCAGGCAGCUGCCGAGGUAGUUCGUCUCACGGAUGUGUCCCGCCGAGAGCAUUCCUCGUUACGAAAACACGAGAGAGCUAUUCAGAACUUGGCUGUCAUAAAGAUUCAAACUGCUUUCAGGGCAUAUCUUGCAAGGAAGGCACUAAGAGCACUAAAAGGAGUGGUAAGAAUACAAGCAAUAGCCCGAGGACGGGCAGUGAGACGUCGAGUGAAGCGUAUUUAUCCUACCACACAGUUAGUCCACACGAAAAGAGUUCCUAGUGUAAUUGAUCAAUCACCAAGAAAAUCGAACGAAACAAGUGACAGAUCUAAGCUUGAGUGCAAGAGCCAGAGGCAAUGGAGUGGCAGCUUGUUCUCGAAGGAGGAGAUCGAAUCAAUAUACUUGCAUAAGCAAGAGGCCGGCUUUAGAAGAGAGAGAAUGAAGCAAUAUUCUUUCUCUCAUCGGGAGAGGCAAUGUUCUCAAAUACUUGAAGAAGACUUAAGAAAAGAAUUGGCCGAGGAAGAUAACGGAUAUUCAAAAGGCGCUUUCUUAGAGGUACACCAGGAUGCACAAAGGUGGGACUUAGGGGGUAACUUGAGGAUCAAACCAAAGGCUAUAAAUCUAGUGAAACAGAAUUAUACAGAGGAAGUUAACUCCCCAUUUUCACAUCCAAGGCGAUCAUUUAGUCAUAUGAGGCUAAAACAAGGAACAGACGACUUUCAACUAUUAAACUCUAGCAUGUUUCCUACUUACAUGGCUGUUACUGAAUCAGCCAAGGCUAAGAUGAGAUCAAUGAGUACACCGAGGCAACGUCUCAGGUAUAUCGACUCAUCCUUCGAAUCGACGUCUAACAACAGUUCUUGGUUUUCUUACAAUGGUGAGUCUAGUGCACUUGGAAGGACUCCUCAUUGUUCCUAGUCUUUCUUCACCAAUCAAUUUGGAAAUUUGUUCUUUUAUUUUCAGCGUCAAUUUUGGUUUGUGAAUUUCUUCUCUUGAGAUUUGAUGAAACAAAAGAGUGAAAAAUCUAAUACUGAUUAACAUAUAGAUUCAUGGAUAGUUAAUAAAAAUGAGUUUGUCAAGAUGGGUUGAUUAGCGACUUGAGGGUUGUAUAGAAUAUCUUCGUGUUGAUAUAAUUAUUUUAAUUCCUAAAUGUAUAGUCCGUAUCAUUUUUUCACUUUUGAUUGUCCUCUGUUUUUUGGAAUGACUACUGAAUUUUAUGUGUUUCUUCUGU